GAGCGCGGGCGGGGCGGGGGCCUCCGGGCGGGGGAAUAUACAAAGUGAAGCCACAUUGCCAAACUUGCAGCAGCGAUUGCAGCAGUUGCUGCCGCUGCGCCGCGCCGCGCGGGCCGAGGGCUCCUGCAGCUGCUCGCGCGGAGCCGGAGGCGGAGAAGAACGACGAGGACCGAGACUGACGCUUCUUCUUCCCGGCGCCUGCCACUUACGCGGGGCCCCCCAACACAGUCUCAGAGCAGCGCGUUAAAAAAAAAAAAAAAAAAAAAAAAAAAAGAAAGAAAGAAAGAAAAGAAAAGCAGCCCUUAGCCCCCUCCUCCCCUUUCCUGCUUCUGCGAGAACAUCCCCCCCUCCCUCCAGCUCCGCCAGCCAAGGCGCCUCUUCCUUGGAAGCCGAACGGCUUCGCUCGAAUUUCGCCGCCGCCGCCUCUCGCAAUAUUGCAAUAUAGGGGAAAAGCAGACCAUGGUGAAUCCGGGCAGCAGCUCACAGCCGCCCCCGGUGACGGCCGGCUCCCUCUCCUGGAAGCGGUGCGCAGGCUGCGGAGGCAAGAUUGCGGACCGCUUUCUGCUCUAUGCCAUGGACAGCUACUGGCACAGCCGGUGCCUCAAGUGUUCCUGCUGCCAGGCGCAGCUGGGCGACAUCGGCACGUCCUGUUACACCAAGAGCGGCAUGAUCCUUUGCAGAAAUGACUACAUUAGGUUAUUUGGGAAUAGCGGUGCUUGCAGCGCUUGUGGACAGUCUAUUCCUGCGAGUGAACUCGUCAUGAGGGCCCAAGGCAAUGUGUAUCAUCUGAAGUGUUUUACAUGCUCUACCUGCCGGAAUCGCCUGGUCCCAGGAGAUCGGUUUCACUACAUCAAUGGCAGUUUAUUUUGUGAACAUGAUAGACCUACAGCUCUCAUCAAUGGCCAUUUGAAUUCACUUCAGAGCAAUCCACUACUGCCAGACCAGAAGGUCUGCUAAAAGGUCAGAGUAAUGCAGAAUGCGUGCCUUCAUCUCAGAUCUUGUUCAUCACAGGUGGAUCCCAUGUGUCUUCAGUAGACAAGUCACCUUUGUAGCUAGCACCAGUGCCAGCUCCAUGCCAUUGCACCUUCUUUAGUCUUGAUUGCCCUUCUUGCAUUUAUUGGUGUAUUAAAAUGACUGAAUAUGAACAUUAAGGACUCCAUGAACCUGGGCUAAUGGGAGACUGUAGAGAAAAUGAAAAAAGAUCCACCGGAGGACAUCUUUGGGGGGGAGGGAGCUUGGGAGGAGGGAAAUGACUAAUGAAGCUAAUUAAAAGAAGCAUUCAAAUCUGCUUUCUACCCUCAUUAACAAUUAGCAGGGCACUGGCCAGAGUUUGUACCCUGUGUUUUUACCUUAACAACAUUCUAUUUGCUCUUUGUAUAUUUAAGUGUUGUAAGGAAAUGUGUUUCAAUCAAAACUGAACAUGAGAUAAAGGAAAGAGAUGUGGCUUUUGUGAUAUUCUAUCACAAACACUUUUAUUGUAUCUCUGUAAAAUACAAUGUAUGUAUGCAUGUAAGUGUUUUCGUCCUAAUGUUGCUACUCCCAUGGCAAAGAAAAAAAAAAAAGAAUGAAAAAAAGAAAAAAAAAUUGGAAAAAAAGUCAGGCUCAUAGAAGCUACUGUGUAGAAAUUCCCCCCUACUUCUAAUUUGCUGAAUGAAGAAACAAAUCUUUUAUUUGUGAUAUUUUCAGAGACAUUUGCUCUAGUAUGGUGUAUUUAAAUAAUAAAAACUUAAAA